AACUAUGACGCAGGAGAUGACGUAUCUAGUACAAACCUUGGACUUUCAGACGGCUCUCACGGUUUAUCUUGACGACCGUUUCCCAUACCUGGAAUUAAAUGACGACAGGUUCCCGUUUUAUAGAGGUGUAAAAUACAUUGACCAAAUGAGGUCACCCCGUAUGAUAAAAUCACAUCUUCACCACUUCUUGUUGCCUAUUCAGUUACAGAAAGGAAAAGGCCGGAUUAUUUACAUUGCAAGAAAUCCCAAAGAUAUUGCAACUUCAUUCUUUAGACUGAUACAAUGGAUGGGUGGUUUUGACCGCAAUGGAUACACGUUUGACAACUUUGUAGACUCAUUUAUCAAUGGAACUGGUCACAAUUGUCCAUGGCCUCGACAUGUUUUAGAGUUUUGGGAGAGACGAAAUGAUAAAAAUGUUCUGUUUCUGAAGUACGAGGAAGUGGUGCGGGAUAAACCCAAAGCUGUAAGACAGAUUGCUGAUUUUCUUGGUAGAAAGUUGACAGAUGAAGAUGUGGCAAACAUAUGUGAUCAUUGCUCUGUAGAAAACAUGAAGAACAACCCGAUGUGUAAUUUGUCUUAUUGGAGAAAAUAUAAGAAAGUAUAUGAUAACUCUGACGGUAGUUUUAUAAAUCAAGGCAAAGCAGGCACAUGGAAACAAUUGUUGACGCCAGAGACUGCAAAGAAAAUCGAUAAACUUUUAGAUGAAAUUGAAGGCUCCGGUUUAACGUUUAGUGACGAUUAAACAUAAAUGAGCCGUGUCACGACAAAACCAAC